AAGUGUGGGGUUCGCUUCGCAUCGUGUAUUAGUUUUGUUGUUUAUGUUUUUUCUUGUUUUUGGAUUUUGUUUGAUUGUUCGAUUUUGCAUAGUGAUGGACGCUUUGCUUAUUUUGUUGGACUGUUGUUUUGCAUAGCGACGAAGGCUCUACUCAUGUAG